AUGGUGGCCACAGUGGAAAAACCUUGGGGCUUGUUCCUGGGGUACCUCAUCCUUGGUGUCACAGGAUCGCGCGCGUCUGACACCAGCAGCCAGAUCGUAAACGGCGAGGAUUGCAGCCCGCACUCGCAGCCCUGGCAGGCGGCACUGUUCAUGGAAAACGAAUUUUUCUGCGCGGGCGUCCUGGUACAUCCUCAGUGGGUGCUGUCAGCCGCACACUGUUUCCAAGACUCCUAUACCAUUGGGCUGGGCCUGCACAACCUAGAGGCCAGACAGGAGCCAGGCAGCCGGAUGCUGGAGGCCAACCUUUCCAUACGACACCCAGAGUACAACAAACCCUUGCUUGCCAACGACCUCAUGCUCAUCAAGUUGAACGAAUUAGUGACCCCGUCUGACACCAUCCGGGACAUCAGCGUCGCCUCCCUAUGCCCCACCGCUGGGGAUUCAUGCCUCGUUUCUGGCUGGGGUCUGCUGGUGAAUGGUAGACUGCCCACAGUGCUCCAGUGUGUGAAUGUGUCGGUGGUGUCCGAGGAUGAGUGCAGAGAGCUCUAUGACCCGGUGUACCACCCCAGCAUGCUAUGUGCCGGCGGGGGACAGGACCAAAAGGAUGCCUGCAACGGUGACUCUGGGGGACCCCUGAUCUGCAAUGAGUCCCUGCAUGGCCUUGUGUCUUUUGGACAAGACCAGUGUGGCCAAGUUGGAGUCCCAGGCGUCUACACCAACCUCUGCAAAUUCACUGACUGGAUACAGAAAACCAUCCAGGCCAGUUAGCUAAGGCCCUGGGGGCUGUGAAAUUGACCCCCACAUAUAUCCUGCUGAAGAAAUUCA